AUGAAGUAUGAUUAUGAUAAGUUUAUAAAAUCUUUAAGCAUCUCUUGAAGAAAUAAUGACCGGGAUAUAUUUUAGGAAUAGUGUUGUGUUGAUUUGCGUGUUCCUGAUUUGUGCAUUCGUUGGGCAAGGCAAUUGUCAAGAUGGAAAUAACACAGAGUCUUUUAGCUGUGAAGGCAGAUGUUUUGAAGAAAUCGACGAAAAAUUUUCUUGUCAUUGCAAUAGACAAUGUAUAGCAUAUGAUGAUUGUUGCCAUGGGAAUGAUGUUUUCUUGGAAAUGUGUCAACCUAUGUGCGCUGAAAAAUGUCAAAUAUAUUUGCCAGACAAAGAAAGAUGUCAGAAAUGCGCAUUUACAAAUGGGAGUUGUGUGACAAACUUGGAGAUAUUUAAAUUUUCCAAACGACUUUGGAAAGAAAACACAUUUAAAUCCCGAUCUACGGAUUUUACUUUCAAUAAACAAGGACUCACAACGCCGCGAAACACUGUGGAUAAAGCUGACGGAAAAUUAUUUACCUACGUCAAUGAAUCAAUUCUGCAAUUGGAAUCAUUCCAAAAACUCAUCGCUUUAUUUGACAAUUAUGAAAAAGCAUUAGGAAUAAAUGAAACUUUCACAAAGAACAAGAAGAAAGAACAAAAUGCUUUCAUCAACUAUGUUUUGAGUACGCCAGUUGGAAAAGCUCUUCGGCAAUUUUUAGUUAAACAUGGUUUAUCGGGAUGUGGUAGAACAAGUGAUUUCAAGAAAAUAUUACGACAGAUAUGGUUCGCAAGUUUUUCAGGGAAAGAAGGAGCUAUGGACUCAAGUGGGUUUGAGCAUAUCUUUAUUGGGGAACAUUAUGAUAAUAAGACAACCGGUUUCCAUAACUGGGUGAGAUAUUAUCUUCUCGAGAAAGACGGGGAAAUUGAUUAUAGAGGUCAUUUGGAUAAACCAGAAGAUAACUUUGAGUCUGGAAGACAGAAAAUACAAUUUGUUUGGGAAGGACAUCGUAAGCCUAUAUCAUCGAUGUUUGUCGGGACAAGUCCGGAAUGGGAAUUUUGCGUUUACACAUUAUGCUUUCUAACGAGACCAGGCAUAAGGUGCAAAAUUUCUCUGGAAGAUUUGGAUGGAAACCCAUACGAUGUUGAAAUUCAGACAUACCCGUGGACAGAAAUUUUGCCACAAAACGGACUGCAUCAUAUUAGCACUGCUUUCAUCAUCUAACAAAAAAUUAUUAAAAUACGAAACAUGCAAAUUUAUAUUUGAAUAAAAUCAGAACAGAAUAA